UUCUCUCAUCGAUCGCUGAAAUCAUCGUCACAGUGAGGAAGAAGCAGAGAGUCUGAAGAGGCGACCAGAGAGAGGAAGAAGAACAUGUGACCACAUCCUGACAACACACACACACACACACACACACACACACACACACACACACACACACACACACACACACACACACACACACACACACACACACACACACACACACACACACACACACACACACACACACACACACUCUGUCAGUCAGUCAGAGUCGAUGAUGUUUCAGGGACCCUCCCAUCACCUCGAGCCUCAGACCCAACUGUCCUCAUUUCAUCACCUCCCCCACCCUCUCUUCCCUAAUCCCCAGGUAACCUCUCCUCAUUAUACGUCUCAAACACCGGCGCCCCCUCCUUACCUCUCCUCCCCUCUGCUCCCCCCUCCCCCGGUGACCCUGCCUCAUUUUGAAGCCCAGCCUCAGGUGACCUCCCCUCACCUCCUCUCCUCACCCCAGCUGCACUUUUCUAAUGAAAGUCUUCAUCCAGGUUUUGACCCCUGGAGCAGAUCUGACCCUCCUGAAGCGUCUUACCUGCAGCAGAGCUUCAGCUUCCAGAGCCAGUUCAGUGCAGGUUUGACUCGUGAUGAUCUCCCUGACUGUGGAGCGUACAGACAGGUAGACACACCUGGUCUGACUCAGGACCCCUGGGGGUCUCUGGGCUCCACUCUGCCCCAGUAUGAGUGCUCUCCUCUGGGCUGCCCGACCGGAGGAGUCUACUCAGGAUGGAGCUCCGCAGAGUUCAGCUCAUCACCGUCUGGAGACUUCAACCACUUUUACCAAGACAGUUACCAUGACAACAGCGCUGCCCAGCCCUUCUGUAGUCCAAACACGCCCGGCCCGAGUCCUCAUUACCCACAAACCCCGACUAUCUCCAGCCCCAGUCCUCAGGUGCACCCCAGGGAAGAGAGACUGGACUUUAACCCACAAACCUUCAGCUGCUUUUUACAAGAAUGUGACACCUUACCUUUGACCUCUGACCCCUAUCACUCCGGACAACACCUGAACCAGAACCAGACUGAGCUGCUUCAGACCGUCCUCCUCCAGACCUCCAGGACCUCAGAGAGCUGCUUCUCUCCACAGGGACGAGGGCAGGAUGUGAGGACUGCCGCCCGGUCUGCAGGAGGAAGAGGAAGAGGAAGAGGAAGAGGAGGAAGAGGAAGAGGAGGAGGAGAGGGAGCAGGAGGAGGAAGAGGAGGAGGAAGAGGAGGAGAGGGAGGAGAGGGAGCAGGAGGAGGAAGAGGAGGAGGAAGAGGAGGAGAGGGAGGAGGAAGAGGAGGAAGAGGAGGAGGAGGACAAACAGAGAGGACAACGGUGUGUUUGAUUCACUAA